UCUCGUAUGUCACAAAAAAAAUAGUUGUGUUCGUUUAGAAAGGUCAGAAACGAGCAAGCAACAAAAUUCAGAGAUUAAAUUCUCCCAAAGAGAGAAACAUAAACAGUUUUUCGGCAUGGUGUAUUGAGUACGCCUUGGUUUUUCGCGAAAAGGACUUUGCCAUGCCGUUUGGAAUAGUAGACAGUGAUAUAACAAUAAUGUCAAGCUCGGCAAAGGCAGGCGAUGUCCGUGAGUCGGUACCUGAUUCGCAACAGCUGCCACAGCAACUAUAUGUGGAAACAUUUUCGGUGUAUGUGGUAACUUGGAAUGUGGGCACUCGUUUCCCGGAUAAUAUUUCUUUGCGGUCACUAUUGGGACUUCAAGGUGUUGAUGACGAAAAGGAACAAGUUUUGCCUGACAUUUACGCCAUUGGCUUACAGGAGGUGAACGUACAACCACAGCAACAAAUGUUAGGUCUAUUCAAGGAAGACCCGUGGACGCACAAAGUGAAAAAACUACUUCGGGAUUUCGACUAUGUGGUCAUAAAAACUGAACAAAUGCAAGGUUUAUUACUUACAUUGCUAGUGCGUCGGCCACAUGUUCAUCAUAUGCGAGAUAUUGAGCCCGAGUUCACCCGAACGGGAUUUGGCGGUAUUUGGGGUAACAAAGGUGCAGUGAGCAUUCGCUUUUCGUUAUAUGGUUGCGCUUUAACUUUUGUUGUGGCACACUUGGCUGCUCAUGAUCACCAUUUGGAUGAACGCAUUGAAGACUAUGAGCAGAUUAUGGAAAAUCACCACUACCAUGUACCACACUAUCGCGAGAUAUACGACCACGAUUAUGUUUUUUGGUUUGGCGAUCUUAAUUUUCGUCUGAUGGGUGAUGACAGUCCAGCUGAAGUUUUGGCCAAUGUUAAAAAGGAGGAAGUGAUGUCUGAACUCAUUCAACGCGAUCAGUUGUUGCAUGUGAGAACUAAGUUGCAUAAAGCAUUCCAUCUAAUGCAUGAGCGCUUGCCUGCAUUCCCACCGACUUUCAAAUUUCACGAAGGUACAUCGAAUUACGAUUUAAAGCGCCGACCUGCUUGGACGGACCGUAUACUCUAUGCUUUGCAACCGCUCAAUAAACGCCCCGAUGAAAGACUAGCCAUCGAACAAAGAUCAUACAAGUCACAUCCAGCCUAUAACAUAAGUGAUCAUAAACCAGUGAGCAGCGAAUUCAGUAUUAAACUUUAUCCGAAUUAUCGAGCAACUUGCGUAACUUUCAAAGAAAUCGCUGAGUGGCAAAUCGGCGAGGAAAACAUAGUGCAAUAUCUAAAGCCCAAUGAUUUUGAGGAACGAAAUCACGACUGGAUCGGUAUUUAUCGGGAAGACUUUGCUAGUCUGAGUGAAUACAUAGGGUAUGAGUAUGUCAAUCAAGCCGAGUCACCACCAUCGUCGCCGGAACCAAGGCAGGGUACCUUCGAAACACCCGGCACGCAUCGGUCAGGUCGGCACCGUCAUCGCAACCAUGAACGCUUGCGCCGUCAGCAGUUACAGAAUGAAGAAGACAUUCGCCUCGAUUUCUCCGAUGACAUCAACAUGCGAAAUGGCGAACGUUACUUAUUAAUUUACUUUCAAAAUACUGGUUUACGUGGCGUCACCAGCGUGGCUGGUGUGAGCAAUGUUUUUUCGUGCAAUUACGUCGUGAGCAAUUCAAAUCAGCCUUAA